CUGAAGAUGUCCUUUAGUGAGCAACAGUGCACACAGCCAUGUGUGCCCCCUCCAUGUCUUCAAAAUAUUCAAGAGAAGUGUCAGACAAAGGCUGAGGAGGUAUGCCUCCCCCUAAUCCAAGAACCCUGUCAAGAGAAAUGCCCAGCUCAAGCUCAGGACGUGUGUCUUCCUCAGUGCCAGGAGUUAAACCAGGAAAACUGCCCACAGCAAAGCCAAGAUCCAUGCCUACCUCCAUGCCAAGACCAAUGCCCACCUCAGUGUGUGGAGACAUGCCAGGAGUUAUCCCAGACAAAAUGUGUAGAAGUUUUCCCACAGAAAGCCCAAGAGAAGUGCUAA